AUGGCGGCAAAAGCUGUCGCGAACGGCGCACCAAGGCUAGGGAGAGUCUGCGAGAGUGUCAAGCCGCCCUUGAAGUUCCAAGUGGUGACUGCUCUUCCAACAAAGACAAGCCGUAGGAGGGGGCCAUCCUUGUCCGAACCAAGUUGCUCGGAGGUACAGCUCUUCAACGGACACGACUCGAGUCCAAAACUUCCAGAUAUCAACUUAAUUCGCUCGCUGCAGCAUACCGAUCGAGAUGUCUUCUACUCGACUUACUGGGAAGAUCACUUACCAGCUCUACAUCCGAUAUUCCGUUCCACCUCUGAGCAACUUGGACUUCCUGUGGUAAAAGAUGCCAUCCUCGCUUUAUCAUCAUGUAAUAUCAACCGGAUCAACCACGAAAGAAAGUCCUCGGCAUCCUUGGCGACCAUGGGAUCAUUCAGUCCAAGCCUGAUCCACCAAACGAGGGGUCAACAAUAUUAUUCUUCGGCAAUUAAGAAAAUCACUUCACUCGCUCAAGACGACUACCAAAAUAACGUCAUACUGGCCCUAACCACCCUGGUCCUCUUUGGCUAUAUCGAAGCUUCCAUGGGUAACUUCGAACGAUUCUAUUGUCAUGUGCAAGGCAUGACGGCACUUCUCGUGGAACUUCGCUCGACAACAGGAAACACGCUCUUCAGAGCCCUCCUCGCUGCAUGGAUGCAGUGGCAGUUCCUAGUCUGGUGGGCGCGCACAUAUUUCAGUUCUUUGAAUGUGCAGCGGCAGUUACCGUCGACUGCUUUGCCCAGAGACCUUGAAGGACCCUCUGGGCUCCUACACGAGCGACGCGCCGUGGCUCUCCGCAUUUGA